AUAGAACUACCUACCGUAACCCACUAAGAGUACGGUAGUUGCCCCCCACAGAGCCCCGCUGCGGUACCUACGGAAACAACAUCCUCGGUAUCCGCGUCCGGUUUAUCGAAGAAAUGACGUCUCUUCCGACUGUCAAUGCUGGCCGCAUCCUAGCAAAGCCGAUACGCGGCCGUAUCCAUAUUCACUACGACGGCGAUGAUGACUGCGUCGUUUUCAUUCGCUGCAAUGGCCGAGAAUUUCAGAUCGAGUUGUCGCCUUUCUUCCUUUGCAAUUCGCCUGUCAUCACCUCUCGGUACCACAAGUUCGUCGCCGCGGUCAGGGACAGGGGUGAGAUGGACGCAGAGGAAGAAGGCGACUCGGACGAGGAAGAAGAUCCGGAAGAGAUCCAAACCCACUUCUAUGACUGGAUCAUCAGUGUGUUCGAGCCAAUCUUCUCAAAAGUAGCCCCAGAUGUCCCGUCGUCCUUUGAUCCCGACAUGAUUCGAACGGGGGAAGCGAAGCCGUUGCUGUCCGAGUAUCUUUCCCCCGAGACACACCGAUGCCGGCUCGAAUCAGAAAACGACAAACCCAUCCCGAUUCAUAUGCCGGACGAGGAGAGUCAGUUUAUGGAGCCUCUUUGCCAUAUCGAUCCAGACCUCGCAAGAGAGCUCCAAGAAUAUGUCAAGUUUUUCGAUCCGUCCGCGGUCGAAGUUUCGUUCGGGCGCCCAGAACGGGCGCUGGAUGAAAGCCCGACUCGAGUCUUGGUCGACUUUGGUAGUUCGGGUGAGAAGAUAGCUUGCUUCUUCAAGGGGUUCGGGGCUGGGGCUUUUAUCUCUCUUGAGAGAGAACUGGAAGCUCAUCGCCGACUCCUCAAGUCCAACGUGGUGCCCGAGGCGCGCGUGGUCCGUCUGCUUGGCGUUGUAGCAGCAGAGGAUGGCAGGGUAGCGGGCUUGCUGCUUCCUUAUGUUGACUGCCGCCGCGAGGACGGCGGGGUUCUAGACGACAUCUAUCUACGUCGCACGCCAACCCCGCUAAGGGAACGUUGGGCGACACAGGUCAAAGAAGCGGUCCAGCAGCUCCACGAAGGAGGCGUUGUCUGGGGCGAUGCGAAGGCCGACAACAUUUUGAUCGAUAAGGAGAACAACGCUUGGUUGAUCGGCUUCCGGGUUGGUUCAAGUUAUACUGAAGCCUGGGUCGACGAGGAGAAGGGCGACACAACGGAGGGCGAUUGGCAGGGGGUGGAGAGAAUUGUCGAAUAUCUGUUUAGCGAGCGGUAUGAUCCUGACUCAGCGUCAGGUUCCGAAUUUGACGCGGUGGAGGAAUAGGCGGUUUAAGAGGAUGGAUCAUUCCACGGAUCCUGGGUAACGUGGGUAGGUAAAUGAUAUAUCUAGGUAGGUUGCACCUCCAUUCUAGCGGCACUGCCUUAUAAUUAUGUGUACUAUGGGUAUAAUACCGUGCGGUCACUGUUAACGCCUAGAGGGACAUGUGUCCACCGAAGAUGAAACCACCGCGUAUAGAGGCAGCAAGAAGUACGGAAACUAGAGCCUACUAGCCUAAGAAUAACAAUCCAAACCACGCUAUAUAGUAUUGUCCAG